AUGCUGUGUCCUCACGUAAUCAGCGGACCCGCAUCCUGGUCUGGGUUAUCUGGGGCAGUGACAGCGAGCCUGCACGAGGAACGGAUCUCUUCGGAUUCGUGCCCCUCUCUUCCUGCGGCACUCCCGGCGGGUAUUCUUAUUGUCAUGUAUAUACCAUAUUGAAUUCAUAUUUGUGCGUGCGCGUUGCGAGCUGUCUACAACAUGUAUACCUGCGAGAAGAUGGGCAAGUCGACCGUCACGGCUUGCGAGCGGGAACUGUAUCGAUACUACCAGCCCGCAGAGUCAUUACCAGAUCCGAACCAAGAUGAAUCCGACAAUAGAACAAAACGAGCAUCCGCGGAUCCAUGUCUCACCGCGUUUGCACAACUUGGAGCAUUACGAUUGAACGCGAAGCGGGGUAUUAUUGCUCUUUCUGCUGGAGACACACAGUACAUAAUAGCAGAAUCAGGCCAAGCACUUUCCCUACAAGAAGACAACGAUGAGCAGGAUCAGCUAUGGCACGGCGUGGGACUGAUCAGCCCGGACGCAGAUAGCAUGGGCCCUGGCAUGGCAAAAAUGUUUUCAGAUGCGGAUUCUCCUGCAGCAGUCCUGAUCGAAGACCUUACGAAGGACGAUAGAUUCAAGGAUAAAUGUGUUGUCGUCGGUGGACCUAAGAUACGAGCUAUGGCCUGCGUUCCGUUGCGAACCCCGCUUCACAAUGUUGUGAUUGGCAUGUAUGUUGUGGUUGACGACCAAGUUCAGCAGAAGCCAACAGAGUGUGAGAUUAAGUUUCUGCAAGACGUGGCAGUGACAGUCAUGGAUUAUCUGGAAGCGGGACGAGUCAACAGGCAACAAUAUCGAGCGGAGAGAAUGGUGAAGGCCAUCGGUUUGUUCAUUGAAGGGAAAUCCACAUUAAGAGACUGGUGGUUAGAAAGAGGUCACAAGUUCCAGGAGGCCACAGUCAAGAAGCGACAUCGAAACCCUUCCAUGCUGGAACAGCUCGCGGACCUCGAAUUUGGCGUCCAAGAAUCCUCGGACUACUUCUCCCACAACGGUUUACAUAAUUUGCCUGGCUACAGUACCCAAAUAUCCGUACCGCAGUCUCCAUCAUCCUCAAGUUUUUCCGAGCUACGCGAGCGAACGGAUGGAAGGCCCCCUAUUCCUACCAGAGAUACUCUGCUGUCUGCUACAGAAAGUUCCGGACAAACGACGCUUGUUUCUCGAUCAUGGCAACAACGAAAUAGCUCUGUCACUACCUUCGAUGAUACCAUGACGGAUCCGACUCCCGAGCCGGAGAAGUCGGUCUCAUUUGAUCUUCCGACUGCCCCAACAUCUGACAUGCACAAGGAGCCUCAAGAAGGGCUCCUGUCCGCCGAUGUGAAGGCUGUCUUUGGACGAGCUGCUAACCUCAUUCGAGAAUCCAUUGGCGUUGAGGGUGUGAUCUAUUAUGAUGCUAGCAUCGGGUCUUUCGGUGGGAGUGCAGAAAAGGCCGUCAUGGAUGAGAAAGGACCAGGGGCUUUUCAUGUUGACAAGGCCGUCACAAGUAGUGAGGACGAUCUUGCUCGGAAAUCAGCUGAUGAGGCCGAUAUGCCGGAUAACUGCCACGCUUCACCACAAGCUACAGAGCCGGCUGAGAAGUAUUGCAAUGUUCUGGGCUUCAGCACGCGUCGUCGGUCAAGUUUACGGGGUCAUCCAGUGAUGCCGGAACGCCAGCGAUUUCCUGAACUCGUCUUAAGGAAGCUGCUGAAACGAUAUCCACAUGGGAAAGUUUUCAACUUCGAUGAAGACGGCUCGUUCUCAUCCAGCGAAUCUGACCAUAUUCCCGCCGUCAAUUUGAAAGACGCCCAACCCACUCCAGACUCCGAGAAACACAUUUCAGCAGAGAGAUCUCGCCGAAACAGGAUCUCAAGAGAAGCGGAAGCUGCUGCUAUUUUAAAGGCGCUUCCUGGUGCUCGCAGUGUCUUUUUCUACCCACUGUGGGACCAAAACAGAGAGCGGUGGUUUGCUGGCUCCUUGGUCUGGUCCACGCUCCCGACGAGAACAUUAUGUCCAAUCGAGGAUAUCACCUAUUUGGCUGCUUUUGGUAACAGUACCAUGGCAGAGAUUGCAAGAUUGUCAGCACAAGUUUUGUCAAAGAUGAAGACAGAUUUCAUAUCGAGCAUAUCGCAUGAGCUUCGCUCACCACUGCAUGGAGUUUUGGCUAGUGUUGAAUUUCUGCAGGAAACACAGAUGACGGAAGUCCAAGUGGAUAUGGUAAACAAUAUCCACGCUUCGGGGAAGGUGUUAUUGGACACCAUCAAUCAUGUUCUUGACUUCUCGAAAGUCAACCGGAGAUCGAAGGAGAAGAAGAGAUUGCCGAAGAAGAAAAAGAAGAAUAACCGACGAGAAAGCGUCGACAAUGGCGAAGAAGAGAAAGCAGAUAUCUGCGUUUUGUCCGAAGAAGUUAUUGAGAGUAUAUAUGCCGGCCAGAGGAUCAGCAAGAAGGCAUUCUCCCCUGGACAUUUUCGCCCACCAUCCAUCGGAUGGAAAGAGUCGCCAGUCACAGUCAUCGUGGACAUUGACUGGCGCCCAAACUGGACUUUUGAGAUUGACGCUGGUGCUUGGCGACGGAUAUUGAUGAAUAUCUUCUCAAACGCCAUGAAAUAUACGAGUACAGGAUUUGUUAAGGUCUCACUGGAAUUGGAGGACGACGUAUCGUCGCGCAGCAGAAAGCCCCGAUCGAAUCUCACCCUUCGAAUUCACGAUUCCGGCAAAGGAAUAUCGCAAGAAUUCUUGAAUCAUCAGCUUUAUAAGCCAUUUACGCAAGAAGAUUCAUUAGCUAUGGGUGCAGGUCUUGGACUGAGCAUCGUGAAGGCCAUUGUACAAGACCUCGGCGGUAGAAUCGAAAUGACGUCCGAACCUGGAACGGGCACCGAGGCUGUUGUUCGGAUACCGUUGACGGCAUCCCUCAAACCAGCCAAACUCGAUGGUCCUGACUUCGUUAGUGAAGUUAAGGAGAAAGUAAAGCAGCUCACGUUUAGUCUUGAGUGCUUUGAUAGAUAUCCUGAUAUCACGGAGACUCCAGAUGGAAUCCUGUCCGCUGAAUCGGAGGCAGCGAUGCUCCUCAAGGCGUCUUUCCAGAGUACGUUGGUCGAGUGGUUUGGCAUGACUGGUGUCACACCUUCAGCUGAAUCCAGUGCUGAUCUCGUCGUUGUUAUGGAAUCUGGACUGGGCGAUAAAUCCGUCGAAGAUAUAUUGCACCAUCAUCACACUCAUGAACCCGCUAAGGCUGGAGGCGGCAAGUCAGUGGCUAUCAUCCUGACCAAUACCUAUCACAAAGGUCCGAAAGUGGACGCUCAUGAUUUCUUCCAGAUAUUCUAUCUUCAGCAACCAUAUGGGCCACAUAAACUCGCCAAGAUAUUGCACAACGCAUUUUGUGUAGAUAGCCUCAGUUUCACGAUCUUCGACUCAACGGCACAACCACCAGCCCCUCAACGGACACUCUCAGACCUAGCCUCGCCUCUUUCAAGCCCACCAUCGUCAUUGCCUCCUACCUCUGAAAAGCACGACUUCGCAAUAAGAAUGAUACCCAUAUCCACACCAAAUAAUACCCUCUCCUCCGUCACCGAAACCCCUCUCUCACCCCCCAAAACACCAAUCCCCUUACCUCUUCCCACCCACAACGAAAUAGUAGAAGUAGCAACUGAUGCCAUACCCCCAGCGGAAGCCAAAGAGGAAGUAGAAGAGGGACAAGGCCUCCGCGUCCUGCUGGUAGAAGACAACGAGAUAAACCUCAAGCUCCUCAUCGCGACGAUGCGGAAACUGAAGCUCGAGCAUGCGACGGCAACGAAUGGGUUGGAGGCGUUUAAUUCGUAUAAAGAGGUGCAUGGGAAGUUUGAUGUUGUGUUUAUGGAUAUUUCCAUGCCCAUAAUGUCCGGCAUUGAAUCGACACGGCACAUCCGGCGGUUCGAAAAGGAGCACGGCCUUGAACCCGUUGCACUCAUCGCCCUCACCGGGGCGGCGAACCCGAAUACGAGACAGGAGGCGUUUAGUUCGGGUGUUGAUCUGUUUUUGACGAAGCCGGUGCCGAUGAAGGCUUUAAGAGGCAUGCUGGAGGAUUUGAGGAGGGAGGGGAGGGCUGCUUUUGCGGGGUAGUGAAGAGGAGGGGAAAAAAGUGGUAUAGUGUAAAAAAAACUCAAUGAGCUUGUAUCGAGCAGGCCGCAGUGGUCCCGCUUCCUUUCGGGGAAUGUAUGUACAGAAUUGGCAAAAUGACUAUUAGGAACAGGAAUGGGAACGGAAUGGAACGGCUUGUGAGGGAUAGACUGAGCCGAUGCGUGGACGCAUCUGCGCAAGAAGAAUCAUAGUCGCAAUGACAUAAUUUUGAUUUCUUGCC